AUGGGCAAGGUACAGCGUAAAGUCGUCAACGCAUGUGGAAGAUGUAGGAAGCAGAAGCUCAAGGCAAGGAAUCGAUACUAUCAUCGCAGGUCAGGGCUAACAAUCCAGCAGUGCGAUACUGAGCGACCUUGUACAUUAUGUAGGCGGUCCGGAUUCGAAUGUAUCGCCAUAUCAUCAGAGACAUGGAAGGUAUAUCAGCCUGACAUACCCACUCUCAAGAGUGCAGGCGAUGAUAGAGGUCGGAAUGCUCCGUUCAGAAAACAGCGCGACGGUCGAAAGCGAGACGGCGACGACUCUGAUACUCAGUCAAACAGAAGCAAGCGUCAGAGACAUCAGAGCGCUCCUGUCUCACAGUAUCCCACGGCUUCCACAUUUGAUGAGAGUCUACCGGAAGCAGCGCCCCGGAACUCGAGUUCGACCAUCACGUUGGUUCAAGAGGCAUUUCAGCAUCACUGUACUAGCACGCCCGAGGAGGCGGACACCUCGGCCUUCUCAUCGACUUCGUGGAGCAAAACAUCGACCAAGGGAGACACAUCCACACAACAAAGGCCCCUCACCUACUCUAACCCAUUGCAGUCGAUUCUCUCCCGUCAGGUGGGAUCCCUUGGGGGAGUCGACCAUCGUCGACAGAAGCGGACGGCAGCCGCAGAAGGAGCGUUGAUUGCCUUGCUUCCGUCAGUCGAGGUGGCAACAUUGUUGGUCGACAACUACUUUGACAAGAUCCACUGGUUCACUUUGUUGUUUUAUCAGCGGGACUUCAGGCGAAAGUUCCGAGAGCUCUAUGCCUCUGUGUUUGAGCUGGCUCAAGAGAAAGGCGCCAUACUAUCCUCUGGUAACCGGCUCGGGCAUAUCGCUGUCCUUCUCGCUGUCAUCGCCACUAGCCUGCAGUACAUUGACGAGGACCAAAAGAACACAUUGAUUGCAUUGGAAGUUGACAUGGAGGCCCUCAGGGACGACAUAUUGGACGCGCUCAGAAUGCGUCUGCUAGACAUCCUUUCUCUGGGUACCCUCGAGGUGGUGCAGCUCUGUGUCCUGACCGGAAGCUACUACCUCUAUCACAGCGAACCGGAGCUGGCUUGGCCCCUGUGCGGAUGUGGUCUACGCAUCGCCCAGGCACUCAACCUGCACCGACGCCUUCCCAAUGACCAACAAGCAGAAAAGUCUGUGGUCGAAGCGCGGAAGCGAUGUUGGUGGGCCGUCUAUGAGAUUGAGACAUUUUGCUCGAUGCUGUAUGGCUUUCCGCAGAGCAUAAAUGAUGCGGACUGCGACAUCGAGCCCUUGGACCCGUACGACGAGUCUUCCGAGUCUACGGUGCUCGAUCGAUCUACAACAAAGCCGACCUUAUUACUUUUCAAAUAUGCCAUGUCUCAACUGUCGUCAAUCAUUAAAUCGGCCCUUGUCGAUCUCUAUGGAACGCAGCGAGAUAUGCCAGUCGGGCACGCCAAGGACCAGGCAUCUCAACUGCCAGAACUGAUCCACCGUGUCAAAGCUCUGAACCAGAGAUUGCGCAGGUGGUAUGACAACCUGACGCCAAGGCUCAAACUCAAGGAUAUGGGUGCUCACAAUCUGGAAGAAACGUCCGAGCAGCGAUCCUUUGAAGAACACCUGUUUCACCUUCAGGCCCUCAUCCUCAAAUUGGCGUAUGAGAACACCAAGAUACUGAUACACAGGCCUCUGCUCUCCUUCAAAGUCGUCACUCGCUCCAACUACACACCCAGACAGCCCACAAGUCAGACUUCUGACCCCUUCGCCUCCGCGAUUCACAUAUGUCGAGACUCCGCGCUGCAGAUCUCGCUCCUCGGCGCCGCACCCAGCGUGAAGCAGGCCGCCGAUACGUACGCCCUUUCCUUCAUGUGUCUGCACCUUUUCACUGCCGCAGUAACACUGUGUAUCGUCUGUAGUAUCGAUCCGCUCAGCCAGGAUGCUCACAAUUGUAAAAUUGGCAUCCGCCGCCUUAUGGAGACCCAGAACCAGCUCAAACACAAAUCCGUCGUCGCUUCGCAGGGCCUGGACAUUACUCGGCGCCUCAUGUCGCUUGUUCUUACUAAGGAGAUUGACGCCACAUUUAACAUCUCCUCUCCAGUAGAGGUGAACACCACAGUGCGGGCAAAAGGGCCGAAGGUAGUAUCUGGACCAAGUGAAGGCACCCAAUCCCUAUCACCGGGCCUCCCUAUGGCCAUGCCAGUCAUACCUUCAUCUGGACAAUUUAUGGCCACAGGCGACAUUUACACAGCCCCAAAUACCAAUGUAGCAGUAGAGGCAGCUGAGAGUGGGAUGGUUGACCCUGUAAAUCCCGGGAUUGACUAUUGCGAAAACUCUCUUAUCAAUGAAGCUUUCGUGGAUUUUGGCCAAGGCAAGACUCAUGUUGCAACGGGUUGUGUGGGAUCUCUGACUGACUGA